CACCUGUCUCCCGUGUGCCCAUUGGCUGCGGCGGAAAGGGCUGGUGGCAUGGUGCCGCUGCUGAGGGAAAUCCGGGGCCUGCCGGGACCAAGUUUCAGGAAGCCGCUCGGGAACCAGGCCCUAGGCUCGGGAAGGCGGCGAGCCCUAGGUAACGUCGGCCGAGGGAGGAAGGACAAAGCCAGAGACUCGGGACUCUGCGCCCUGCGCGGACGAACGCCACCAGGUUCAUUGAAUACAUUUUGAGUCCCAGGACUGUGGGAAUUAGCCAGUGGAUUGCAGGCAUGUUUUGGUUAUUGCUGGUGAGAUCGCAGCCCUACAGAUUGUGUUCUUUCAGAAAACUGCCAUUAACACCAAAAUACAAACCUUUUGUAGCUUGCCUCACCUACACAACUGAUAGACAGUCAAACAACGAAAAUGAAAGAACAGUGGAAAAGCUCUAUAAAUUUUCAGUUGACAUUAAGAAAAUUCGCAGAUUAAAAGGAUGGGUACUUUUAGAGGAUAAAACCUAUGUUGAAGAAAUUGCAAACAUUUUACAAGAACUAGGUGCCAGUGAGACUUCUAUAGCACAUAUUUUGGAAUGCUGCCCAGAAGCAAUUGUCUGUAGUCCAACUGCUGUUGACACUCAGAGAGAACUCUGGCAGUUGGUCUGCAAAAACAAGGAGAAGUUGGUCAAGUUAAUAAAACAGUUUCCGGAAUCUUUCUUUAUUGUUAAAGACCAGGAGAACCAGAAGCUGAACAUUCAGUUCUUUCAAGAGUUGGGACUCAAGAAUGUGAUCAUUAGCAGAUUUUUGACAACUGCACCUAAUAUUUUUCUUAACCCUGUUGAGAGGAAUAAGCAAAUGAUAAAGAUUCUCCAACAGAGUUAUCUAAAUUUAGGGGGCUCCGAGGCCAACAUGAAAGUUUGGCUACUAAAAUUGUUAAGCCAAAACCCAUUUAUUUUGUUAAAUUCUUCUGCAGCUAUAAAGGAAACACUAGAAUUUCUCCAGGAGCAAGGUUUCACAAACUUUGAAAUUCUCCAAUUUGUGUCCAAACUCAAAGGAUUUAUUUUUCAGCUUUGCCCAAGAAGUAUACAGAACAGUAUUUCCUUCUCUAAAAAUGUAUUUAAAUGCACAGAUCAUGACUUGAGGCAAUUAAUUUUAAAAUGCCCUGCCCUUUUAUAUUAUUCUGUUACAGUUUUAGAUGAGAGAAUUCAGGGAUUACUGAAAGAAGGGAUUUCCAUAGCUCAGAUAAGAGAGGCACCAAUGGUUCUUGAGUUAACACCACAGAUAAUACAGUACAGGAUAAGGAAACUAAAUUCUUUAGGCUAUAGAAUAAUGGAUAGAGAUCUUGCAAAUUUGAAUGGAACCAAAAAAGAGUUUGAGGCCAGCUUUGGUAAAAUGCAAGCCAAAAAAGGAAGGCCAGUAUUUAACCCUGUGGCACCAUUAAAUGUUGAAGAAUAAUUUAGUGAUUUAUGUUGCUUCUUUCUAGUAGUGCAAAGUAAAACUGACGAGCAGACUUAAGCGAUUCAGGCAGUUUGUAAGCACCAGUAAUUUUAUGGAUUUACUUAGCUUCUAAGUUGUUUGUUAUCUGACUCACUUGCUCUAUUUGAAAACAUAAGCAAUUGCAUUUAUUUUAAAUAAAGUUGGUAACUUUCACCUUGAGCUAUUAUUUCACGAACUCAUGUACUAUUAAAUGGCACAUCAGAGAGAUUUUAUACUUCAGGAAUCAUUUCCAAAAAAACUGACAAAACUGCUUCCUUAAUUCAAAGUAUGAAUACAUUUUUAUUCAUAGAACAUAUUUCAUCUGGGAUGCAAAUCCAGCCUUCUUCCUCACCACCAGCCCUGAAACCCUGUGAUCUGAAUCAGUCCUCUGAUCUGAGUGCAAUCUGUUUUCUGUAGCUUAGUGUCAAGGGAAACAUUGACAAACUGCUAAUAGUUCAUCUCCUGGUUGGAAUAAAUGAGUAUCUUUGAGAACCAAGUAGUACUCAUCCAAAAGGAGUAUUUUCUACUGUGCUGAUUAGAGCCUACUUGUUUGAUGAAUUUUUAAAAAAUUGACCAUUAUACCUCACAAAAUACUUUUAUGUGUAUUCAUUACUUUCCCCAUUUUACAGAUGAAGAAACUGAAAUUUAGAGCAGUCACUCAGCUGCCAAGUGGCAGAGCCCAGAUUCACUAAGCUCUGCCUCCUAUUCAAACCUUGUGCAUAGAAAAGAGUUGAUAUAAGAAAAGUCACCCCUAUCUGACAUGCCAAAAGAAGUUGAGUCUUAACAAAUUUAGGGAUUUUUAUGGAAACUUCUCUGUAAAAUCCCUUAAAUUUGAAAUGAUCUAAUUUAUAUACAUUUGAAGUAAAUGUAGAUUUUUAGAAGCUUUCUGAAAAUCCAGGUCUGCCUAAAAAGGGAAGUGUGUGAUGGGACUGCUUUUAGUGGUAGCGUUUCAAGUUUCUAUUUCUAAAUCUUACUCCAAGAUAAACAUUACCCAGAUAAAGACUGGCACACUUUCAGCUGUGGAGUUUGACCUUUGUAACAAAUACACAACCAUACAAUUGAUUCUGACACUCAAGCACCUAUGUACUAUGUGUAUAUGGCCUUUUCUUAAGUAAUGAAAAAAUUAUGAAGAAUGUAGGCAACGUCAUUGUCCUUUAUUCGUUCAUUCAGCAAAUGCAAGUAACCUUUGUUAUGCAGAUCUGUUCAGUUGCUUAGUUUGAAUAGUAAGACUGAUCUCUGGGUAGCACCUACUAACUGUCAGGCAUGUUGUGCUUUACAACUCUAAGAGUUAAGUAACCAUUGUUUACUGUUCCACAGGAAACUGAGGAAACUCAAGUCAAACAAGAAUUGUUAUAGAAAAAGAAUGGCAGACAAUACAACUAGUGCAGGGCUGAGUGAUGGGGAAAGUGGCACAAGAGGAGAUUAAGUUGAUCAUCUGAAAAACAAUGAACUUGUGGAUCACAUUAUGCUGACUUCAAGAAAAUAGCAUCACUGAAUUUUGUUCACGGUUAUGUCCUUGGCAAACAGCCUUAUGCAGCCUAUUACUACAUUUACUCUCCAACACUGCUGAAGACAUUAUCCACUACAUCAUUUGAUGGCUCUUAUAUGAAGCUCCACCUGAGACUUUCUUUACAGGAAGUUUACAGCUAAAAUCUCAGCCUGACGAGGUAAGCUCCUGUGGCCUGCAUAGCUGUGUCCCAUCACCCCACCCCUCCACACCGCUUCAUAAGCUCCACCUCAGAUUUCUAUUUUCCCUGGUUUGCAAUUUGAGUAUCUUAUUUAUAUCUUGCCAUUUUAUUCAUAUGUUUUUGUUGUAUGCUGCUAUAUAGUAUUUGUGGGAUAGAUGGAUAAAAUUUAAAGUAUCAGUUGGACCCACAUUAACAUUAAGCAUCACUAGAAAAAGAUGUAUACCAAUAUACAGUAUGUUGUCAUUUUUUUAAAAAAAAAUUUAAGCUCCAGUUUUGCUUCUCAAAUAUAUCUCCUUUAAAGUAUGCAGUGGCAUGUCAGGGGCUUCAAGAAGCCACAUGAGAGACAUGAUGCAUCCAUUUUACCUGCAGUAAUUUAAAAUACUGUUUUACUUUUAAAUGCACACUAAUUAAAAUGAAAAGUGAAUUUAUUUUUAAGAUAACUAGACUUUCAAGAAAUUUAAUUCCUGCCUGGGGAUGCUUCUGAGUGUAUCUUCAGAUUUACCAGCUCCCUCUUCCCAGCCCAAUCACACUCAAUCCCAUGAUUUCACUCCCUACAGCCCUCAAGUGGAGCAUUUUUGGUACAAAAGUUUGACAUGUACGAAAUUAGAUGCAAUUACAUUUAUGGAAACAUUCACCAUUAUAUUAUUUAUUAUUAGCAAUACUUACCAACAUCUAUAAACCAAAAAUAGCAAAUCUGGAGUCCUGUCAGGCCAGAUGCCCAGAUAUCUAGUCUAAAGGAAUUUGCUAUUAGAGGGCCUCAAAAGUCCUAAGAGGCCACAGAGAUUGAUUUUUUUUUUUUUAAAUGUCUGGGUUUCUUGUACAUCACUAUAACUAUAGAUCAUAAAAGCAAGUUUGUAAUAUUAAAAUUCCUCUGCGCCUCUUAGGGUAACAAAAAUUGUAUAAAAGCCCCAAGUAUUUGGGAUAUAUUUUCUUUUCUGAAUUCCUAAUCAGAUCAUAAGAUUCCAAGUUAUCUUAUGAAGGUAUUUUUACUAAAAACUUAACUAUAGUGCCAUCUUACACUUUUUAUUCAUACAAACCAUAUCCAACCUCUCUACACAUAAAUAUGAGACAAAAUUUAGUGAUAUUAUUUCUUCCUGGAUUAUUAGUCCUUUAUUACUAAGGAGAAAUAAUUUUUAUAGUAGCAUCCUAUUCAUUAUAAUUACAGGUGACCUGUUCCUCUUAAAUUGGAAAUUAAGAAGACAAACUGAUCCUAAAUCUCCUAAAAUUGGGAAAAGUAUACUUCUUUUUUUUUUUAACAAAAUGAAGGUUUUUGGAAACCCUGCAUUAAGCAAGGCUAUUGGUGCCAUUUUUCCAGUAGCAUGGGCUCACUUCCUGUCUCUGCAUUACAUUUCAAUUAAGCAUCAGUAACAACUGUUGUCUUGGGAUUCCUGAAGUUUCUUGACCUAAGGACUCUGCCAAGGUAACUUUUUUCUAAAGGAGUAAAACUUUUAAGAGGAAUUUCAUAGCUGGUAUGUCUCUGAGGUCAUCUAGUUGCAUUUGGAGAUCAUUCAUGAAAUUGGCUUUAUUUUGUAUGUUCCAUAUCACCAGUCUUCCCUUUCAUCUACAGUGGUUUGUAAAGAAGAAAACUCCAUCUGACUUAACAUUUGUUUGACCCUGAAUUCAAGUUCCUGUUUGACAUUAGUCAGUUCUGUUUCCAGCUCUGAAAUUCCAAGUCUCCUGACCUGGACCUAGGACAGAGUAAUUGUUGAAUGAUUCUCUCAUUCCUUCUGCCAGUCGCUAAGUUUGAUAUGGUUUUCUUCUUUCAGCCAUUGAUGGUUUGUCUGUAUUGUUUCCCUCCCCCACCCCCUCCAUGGUCAGAGAAUGCAGGCGACACCACAUACAUGAAAGUGAUGUUCUGUCUUCCAAAUAGUUCAUAAAAGGAGGAACUACAGUUAUGAAAGUCUAGGCAAGCUGAAUAUGAAGUUCAUAUGAAAAAAUAAACAAGCAAAAGCAGCUAGGAAAACUCUGAAAAAGAAAACAAUGAGGGGAAACUAGUCCUACCAGAUAUUAAACCUGCUAUGAAGCGUCAAUAAUCAAAGCAGUUUGUAUUAAUAGACAACAGACCAAUGGAAUAUGAUGGACAAGCCAGAACAAGACCCAAAAUACAUGUGGGAACUUUGUGUAUGAUAAAGGUGGCAUCUCAAGUUGGUGGGGUAAAAAUGUUCUGUUUUUUUGUGUGUUUGUUUAAAUUAAAUAGAUAGUAUUGCAACAACUAAGUAGUCAUUUGGAAAAAAAAAAAGUAGGAUCUUUUCUUCACAAAAGUGCUAGAGGAAACAUGGACGAAAAUUUCUAUAACCUUGGGGUUGAGAAGGUCUAACCAUGACUCAAAAUUCAAGGGCCAUGAAAAAUAAAUUGAUAAAUUUGACUAUAUAAAAACUUAAAACUUCUUCAAGUAAAAGAAACCAUAAUCAAGGACAAAUGGUAAACUUGUAUUACAAACAGAAGGAAUUAAUCACUCUACUAAUCAAUUUACUACAUAAAGAGCUUCUAGAAAUUAAGAUGAAAUGAAACAAUAGCACAAUAGAAAAUAUGGGCAAAGUAUAAGAACAAAGAGUUCUGAAAGAAAGAGAAAAAGGAAAAAAAGACAAAUGCCUCAAACAUGAGAUGUUCACUUUCACACCUCAUUCAUAGGAGAAAUGCAAACAGACACUAUUAUGAGACUCUCUUUCUCCCCUAUCAGAUUGGCAAAGGUUAACACCACCUUCUCUUGGAGAGGUUUGUGGAAAUACAUACUCUCUUGUACUGUGCCAAUGGAAUGCCGACCGGUAAGCUCUUCCAGAGGGCAAUUUGCCAGUGUCUAACACAAUUUCAAACACCUUUGACCCAGCAGUCCCACUUCUGGGAGUUUAUCCUAAACAGCCACUUGCCAAUGGAUGAAAUGAUAAAUGCAAAGAGUUAUUACCUGCAGCUUUAUUUCAGUAGGGAAAUGAUUAAACAGACAUGGUACAACCCCACAUUAGAAUACUGUGUAGCUAUCAAAAAGGAAUAUGCAAACUCUAGAACUCAUUUGGAAAGAUCUCAAGAUAUAUUGUUGGGUUUUUUGUUACAUUUUGUUUUGUUAGAUUUAAUGUUGAGUUUUGCCUUUAUUGAAGUUAGUCAGCUAUACAGAAUUUAAACUUUCUUGGCUAUUCUAAGGAAGUGCACCAGAUUUGCUACUGAAAAGUGAAAUAAAGGGAAGAAGAAAAAUUUGGAAGAUUACAGUUAAGGCAACAAACAAGACAAGCAACUAGCCAUAUAUCAUAAAGCUCUAACAAGCUGAUCAAGAGGAGCCAUCUGAAGUAAAGAAGGAAUUAUUCGUUCUUUAAUUAGUAACAUUUGUGUUCUACUUUGCUUUGGUACUAGUAAUCUUGUUUCCAAAAAAAAAAAAAGUGUCAUCUAUUUAAUCUUAAUCUCUGCUCACUUUCAAGGGAAGAUUUAUGUUUGAUGAGCUAUUUUAGUGUAUAUGUGUGAACAUAUACAUAAAGGAGUGGUCACAGUUCUGUGAUACAUCAUUUCAGGAGUUACUGUGUUCUGUAUUCUUUCUGGAAGUUCUGAGUACUCCAUAGGUGUUUAGUUUAAAGAACUGGAAACCUGGAACUCUGGAUCUUUUCAGAAUUACGAUGCAAAGUUCUCCUUAGUGCUUUUCAUUUGUGAGGUAAAAUAGGGAUUUUACUCUUACUGGUAAACAAGCUUUUCACUAUUUUGUGAGAAACAUCUUAAUUGAGUGCUUUGAAAAUACCACAUCAUCAAAAUGUUUUUUUCUCCUCUGAUUUAAAAAUAAUUUCCAUAUGUCUUUAUAGGGUUGUAAGAAUUAAAUGGAGAUGAUGUACACAAGCACAUUCCUGUCAUACUGUAAGCACUCAAAUACUCCAUUAAAAAAUUGAAUUCAUGAAAAAAAGCAAGAUACAGAAGGGUGAAUAUAAUAUGGUAGCUUUUGUAAAAUAAAGGAGUUGAAAAUAAGAUGCCAUGUGUGGUUAUAUUUGCAUUAAGAAAUUCUGGAUGCUAUACAAGAAACACACAAGGGCUAAGGGUGAAAAUGGGGUAGACAGGAAAUGUGGUACAAGAUCUCUCAAUCUGUACUGUUUUCUAUAAUUUGCAUUUCUGAACCACAUAAAUGAAUUAUACAGCCAUUAAAAAAUAAAAUUUGAAAAAA